AUGACUGAAAACAAGGGCGCCUCUCGCAAUUCUUUCAAGGACAAAGAAAAACCCGUUGAGGUCCGCCUCAGUAAUAUCAUCGCAGCAAAAGCUGUGGGUGACGCAAUACGUACCUCACUAGGUCCAAAAGGUAUGGAUAAGAUGAUUCAAACGGGAAGUGGAGAAGUGGUUAUUACGAAUGAUGGGGCUACGAUCUUGAAGCAUAUGGCUGUCUUGCAUCCAGCAGCGAAAAUGCUCGUUGACCUAUCAGCUGCACAAGACGUUGAAGCUGGGGAUGGAACUACAUCAGUCGUAGUUAUAGCGGGAGCCUUGUUAAGAGCUUCUGAGAAACUUCUUUCUAAAGGUAUACAUCCAACAACUAUUGCAGAGUCGUUCCAGAGAGCAGCGUCAAAAGCCUCAGAGUUUCUUACGGAAAUGUCUACCAAGAUUGAUUUGACCGAUCGGGAUUCACUCAUGAGAGCAGCCAGCACCGCAUUGAAUUCCAAGAUUGUUUCGCAAUACUCUGGUCUUCUCGCUCCUAUUGCAGUGGAUUCAGUUCUCCGUGUAAUCGACACGACCACAGCCACAAACGUUGACUUGAAAGAUGUUCGCAUAGUGAAGAAAGUUGGGGGCACCAUUGAUGAUACCGAGUUGGUUGAUGGUUUAGUCUUAGCCCAAAACGUUAUCAAGAGUGCCGGUGGCCCGACACACGUUGAGAGAGCAAAGAUUGGUCUCAUUCAAUUCCAAUUAUCACCACCAAAGCCAGAUGCAAGUAUAAUUGAUUCUAUGGAGAAUCAACUCGUUGUAAAUGACUACCGAUUGAUGGACAAAAUUCUAAAAGAAGAACGACAAUAUCUGCUAAACAUGUGCAAAAAAAUAAAGAAAGCAGGAUGUAAUGUAUUGUUUAUUCAAAAAUCUAUCCUCAGAGAUGCCGUCAAUGACUUGUCGCUGCAUUUCUUGGCCAAAUUGAAGAUUUUAGUAAUUAAAGACAUUGAAAGAGACGAGAUAGAAUUUAUCUGCAAGAGCACAGGCUGUAAACCAAUUGCGGAUAUAGAAUCCUUUUCAGAAGAGAAGCUUGGCUAUGCAGAACUAGUUGACGAAGUUCAAACGUCGGGUGCUCGCGUGGUUAAAGUUACUGGAGUAAAGCAUAACGGGAGGACGGUCUCUGUGUUGAUUCGUGGAGCAAAUCAAUUAGUGCUUGAAGAAGCCGAACGAUCUUUGCACGAUGCACUUUGCGUAGUACGAUGUCUAGUUAAAAAGAAAGCACUGAUCGCUGGCGGAGGAGCUCCAGAGAUUGAAGUGUCGCAAAAGUUGCUUACAUAUGCGAAAACGCUUAAAGGAAUGGAAGCAUAUUGCUUUGAAGCGUUUGCUGAAGCACUCGAAGUCAUUCCGACAACAUUGGCAGAAAAUGCUGGACUUAAUCCAAUUGCGAUAGUUACGGAAUUACGAAAUCGACACGCUAAAGGAGAGGCAACAGCUGGCAUUAACGUUCGAAAGGGUACCAUAACCAAUAUUCUUGAUGAGAACGUGAUUCAACCCUUGCUUGUGUCGACAAGCGCGAUAGAACUGGCAGCAGAAACCGUCAAAAUGCUUUUAAAGAUUGAUGACCUGGUUCAAACGCGAUAA